AUGGGGUCUGGGACUGAGCUGUGCUCACUAUUAACUGGACUCUCGUUCCUCUUGCUACUGAUGCCAGGCGAAGGUGCCAAGGGUGGAUCCCUCAAGGAGAGUCAUGGGGUCUGCUCCAAGCAGACGGUGGUGGUUCCACUACGCUACAACGAAUCCUACAGCCAACCGGUGUAUAAGCCCUACCUGACCCUGUGCACUGGUCGGCGUGUUUGCAGCACCUACAGGACCACGUACCGCGUGGCGUGGAGGGAGGUGAAACGGGAGGUGCAACAGACCCACGCUGUGUGUUGCCAGGGCUGGAAGAAGCGGCACCCCGGGGCGCACAGCUGUGAAGCCAUCUGCAUCAAGCCCUGCCAGAACGGUGGCGUCUGCGUGCGGCCAGGACAGUGCGAGUGCGCCCCCGGCUGGGGGGGGAAGCACUGUCACGUGGACUUGGAUGAAUGCAGGACAGGUGUCAAUUUCUGCUCACAUCGCUGCCUCAACACAGCGGGCAGUUUCACCUGCGUCUGCCCCCAUGGCCUGGUGCUGGGCCCGGACGGGCGCACCUGCGCGGAGGGCUCCCAGGAGUCCCCAACCAGUGCCAGCAUCCUCAGCGUGGCGGUUCGAGAGGCAGAACAUGAUGAGCGCACCCUAAGACGGGAGAUUCGGGAGCUGCGAGGGCGCCUGGAGCAACUGGAGCAGUGGGCAGGUCGGGCCGGGGCCUGGGUCAGAGCCGUGAUUCCCAUGCCGCCUGAAGAGCUGCGGCCCGAACAGGUGGCCGAGUUAUGGGGCCGGAGUGACAGGAUCGACUCUCUCAGCGACCAGGUGCUGUUGUUGGAAGAGAAGCUGGGCGCCUGCUCCUGUGAAGACAACAGCCUGGGCCCUGGCCUCAACAGCUGA